AUGCUCCUGAAGAAGAACAACCAAGUGAUGAAGCACCUCUUCGAGAAGUGCCUCAAAGACCCCGGGGAUGCCCAACCAAGGGGAAUGAACAUAAUAACUUGUCGGAACCUUCUCACAGAAAUGAGAACAGAAGGCAACCCAGGACUAGGGAAUAGGUCAGACAACGGGACUCAGUUCAAUGGUGAAUUAUUCACUGUGUUUUGUGAAAGGAACAAGAUAAUUAAAAUCCUCUCGUCAGUAUCCAGGCCUCAGGCAAAUGGACAAGUAGAAGUUGUUAACAAGACCUUAAAGGAUACUAUGAAGAAGAACUUAGAUGUUGCUAAGGGUAGAUGGGUCGACGAACUACCUCAAGUACUUUGGGCUCAUAGGACGACUGAGAAAACAGCAAUGGGACAUACUCCUUUCUCGCUAGCAUUUGGCUCGGAGGCAAUGUUGCCUGUAGAAGCAAAUAACUUGACUCACAUACAAGAGAUUUAUAACCAAGAAGAAAACCAAGAACUUUUAAAACUGUCCUUGGAUCUACUUGAUGAAAAACGUACUGAGUCGUAG